AUGCCUACCUCUACUCGAUGGCGUCGCUCCGAAGACUUGUUAAGACCUCGAGCUGUCAGUCCGAUCCAACCUGCAGGCGACUUCAUUGAGCGGCUGUCCCCCGAACCGACCCUCGAGACCUCCGCCCCGGUCGAACCUCUGAUCUCCUCUCAAACGUCCCAUAUAAACGGGGACUCCUUACAAGGCCUGGGUCUCUCCGACGUUGAAAUAUCAGAAGAAGCAGGCGUAACGGUGCAGCCCGACCAUAUUUACUACGAUCAAGAUGGCUCCGCCCAUGUUGGAGCUCGGAUAGUGGGUGGCGCGGCUGCGCAAAACAGACCUUUGCAAGACUCGGGAAACCGCUCCUCAAGGAACUCUAAGUUCCCUCAGGAUGCUCGCAAAUCUCGAGUGAAAACCCAUACGCGAUCUGGAUCGACCAUUGACGAUCUGGCGAGUGCUGCCAUUGCUACCAGCCCUGCUUCGGUCAAUGCCAGUUCACCUUCAUUCUCAAGGGCGAACCUAUAUUCCACGACUCGGCCUUCCACGUCCUACAUCCAUCGUUAUGAUCAAGAAGAUGCCACCGAUGGGCCGCCGUCGAAAAGGAUCAAGUCGGAGCGCCUGCCCAAUCUCGAGUGGUCUCCCCGCGCAGAUAGACCGAAGACCAGCGGCUACGAUAGCGCCGCAGAUAUAACAUUUGAAGACGCUCUGCUGCUGUUGGAACUCAAGAAUGAGGUCAACUUCAAGAAUGGAACACCACAACUGUCUUCUGCCAUACUCGAUCAAUCGUCCCACUUCUCCAACACAGAGCGGCGGCGUUCAGAAGGGUGGUCCGUCAAGGAACGGCCUGCACCACCUCUGCAUCGAAAAUCACAGCACGAAACUUUGGAGAAACGCGGCUCUGAUGUCUCCCUGGAGCAAGGAGUCCGAUCCGUCACUGACGCGGCGAGAAUCUCCUCGUCUGGUCCAUCUUCGCAACCACGCGGACCUUUGCCUGCCAGACCCCUCUAUACCGCGGCCGAGGGCUCAACAGCGACGGAGUCUCGUGAGCCAGAACAUGGGCAGCAAGCCCAAGCCAAACCUGCGCCGGCUGCCCCGUCAAAGAGACAGCGCAGGGUUAAGCCUGAAGUCCAGGCGGAAGUGUGCGCGGCAUGCCAGCGUCUUCAGCUAGAUACUACAGACGAGGAGAACUCGGUCAUGUUCUGGAUAAGCUGCGAUGCGUGUGAUCGUUGGUUCCAUGCAGAGUGUGUGGGAUUUAAAAGCAAGGCCGAGGCAAGGAGCGUCGAUAAAUAUCUGUGCAAGGACUGUGAACCGGUCCAUGGCAAAACAACAUAUGUGCGGAAGUCAUCGCGUCCGCGGACUGCAAUAGACUACGCAGGUCUUCAUCAAGGCGUGGUCAAGUCUUCCGUGGAGACAUCAACCCAUCACUACAUCCAGCCAAUCAAGGAAGGAAAAAUUGCUCUCCUACCAGAUGACUUUGCUCGAGUGCGGCCGGAGCUGCUGACAAAGGAGUUCAUGGAAAGCUGUAACGGCAUGAAGCGACCUUUUGUGGUUCCGGCAUGCUGGAAUCCUCGGUUUGGCGUAAAGCCGUCGAUGGACAACGCCAAUUCUUCUGCAGUAGAGGACGACAACACAACUUCGACUCUCAUCGCCAGUACAGGAGCACCUGCGGGUCCGGGAGAUCCUGUCUCAGACAACGUGCGCGAAGAAGAGGUCAUCGAUUGUGACCAAGACGCAUUGGAUAUGGUGAUACCGAGAGACUUGACCGUGCGGAAAGUUGCAGAACUUUACGGACUAGACGAACCAGUCCCUGUUAUCGACGUAAAGUCACAAGAGACAAAGGGCCAGUUUACUCUGCAGCAAUGGGCCGAUUACUUUGAUUCCACGGGCGAAAAACCAAUACUAAAUGUUAUCAGCCUGGAAGUCUCCCAGAGUCCUCUCGGGAAACUCAUUCGACGGCCUAAAGUGGUUCGAGACCUUGAUCUUGAGGAUCAGGUCUGGCAUGGGGACACGGAAACGCGCACAAAGAAGCGACCAGUGCAGUUCUAUUGUCUCAUGUCAGUAGCCGACAGCUACACCGACUUCCACAUCGAUUUCGGCGGCUCGUCUGUCUACUACCAUAUACUCAAGGGAACCAAGACAUUCUUCUUCAUUCCGCCCGAGGAUAAAUACCUGAAGAAAUACGAAGAAUGGUGCAAUUCUGAUACCCAGAACGAAACAUGGCUUGGAGACCUAUGCGGCGGCAAUUGUACACGAGUCGACCUCCAUGAAGGAGAUACAGCCUUCAUUCCUGCUGGCUGGAUCCAUUCUGUUUGGACACCAGAGGACACUUUGGUCAUUGGAGGCAACUUUCUUACUCGUCUUGAUUAUGAAUUGCAGCUCAAGGUCGCCAAUGUCGAGAAAGUGACUAAAGUGGCCCCGAAGUUCCGAUAUCCGUACUUCCAAAAGGUUAUGUGGUAUACACUGAUUCAAUAUUUGGAGGACGAUCCACUCCCCGACGAAGUACUGACCGAUUUCCGCGACGAUGCCGGCUAUAUAUUUUUGCGUGCCAAUCCUGUUUGGCAUGAAGUUGACGACCUGGCGAAUACAGCAGAGCCAGGAGAUCCGGCUUUCAAUGCUAGGUACUAUCCAAGAUCUGAGGUGAUUGGGUGGCCUUCGCUCAGAGACUACCUGUAUCGGACGGCCAGGAUCGAUGCUGGGCUGCCAGUAGCAGACAUCACCAAGAAGCAGGUCGACGCAGUCAAAGCAUCGAUACCGAAAGGACACGGUGAUCCACUCACGCUGAUCAAAGUCUUCGCGAUUUGGUGUGCCUGGAAGACCGGAAAUGUUCCGGCACCUGACUGGGUGCACUCUGAUGGCGCUUUAGAGCUAGAGAAGACAGAGAAGGUCAAGAAAACCGAGGUCUUCCGUCUGCCGGGAGAACGCAGUUCAACGCGAAAAGCCGCACAGGUCCAGGCUCAGGUUCAGGCUCCCGAGACAGAAAUGAGCGUUGUCCCUCCAGCGAAACCAACCCCCAAGGCCAGUUCUGGUGCCAAGGGGAGUGGUUUGAGGGUAGCUUGUGAGCCCUGCCGAAAACGACGAAUAAAAUGUCGACAUAAAUCAGGCAGCGAAACACCUACUCGGGCUGCACCAGAAAUCAGACCGCGAAGCUUUUCCAACGCUGAUAUCCCCGCAAGUUCGACAGCUCCGCAGGCUGGACCGCAUGGCGAGCACUUAUCGUCCCCAGGAAGGCGAUUAUCAGAACCUGUGGGGAGCUAUACGGAAGCUGCACAACUGGCCUCCGCAAAUGCCGAUCCACAGUCAUCCUCCAAAAAGAGCCGCACUAAGGCAUGCGAAGAAUGCCGAAAGAGCAAGCGUCGAUGUGUGCACGAUGAGAACGGUCGCAUUGAUCCAGCGAAGGCGGCAGAACCAUCCAAGCCUCGCGGCUCAACAAGUUCCCGGCGCCCUGCCCGCUUGAGUGACGGGAGCAUGCAGAGUAAACAGGAGCGCAUCGAUGAGGACAUGCUUGACGACAUGAUUCAUCCCUCCUCACUAGACAGGGAUGCUUCCCGAAUAGUGAACGAAGCGAUCGAGGAUGACUCUAUCACCCCGGCGCCUCAGGACCACACAGAGAUCAAUGGCGACACGACUGGACCGGGAGUCGAUCAGACAGAAGCCAUAAUCCAACAGACGAAUGGCAAUAUUGACCAAGAAUCGAUUCCCGUGGAUCCUGCUCUCGAAGCAAUGACAGAGGCGAUCAAGACGGAAGCCGACUCCGGCGACAAGAAUGCGUUCCAUGCGACUGCAGAGGAGACCUCCCCCGCGCUGAAGAGCAAUAUCGUCUUCUCCACUCCAGGGCUAGUGAAAUCUGGUUCCUCAGUGAAUGGAGACUACUCCGGGCAAAGCAAUCCUCUUCCCCCUUCCAGACACUCUUCUCGCCAAGCCAAGCAAGUCGAACGGUACACGCCUGAAGACAAGAGAUCUCCGAGCAAAGCAACGCCAAAGCCCCAGAGAACGGAUCGUCGAGCUUCCAGCGCCGCCAGUGCGCAGACGAUGGUGACGAGUGUCAAAAGCCGACGAUCGUCUAGCAAUACGUCUGGGACCAUUCAUCAGAUGGCAAAUAUCAUGGCCAGGGGAAGUCCGUCUCGAGAAAAUUGGGCCAGGCCCGUGAGUAGGGGUAGCACAGGAGGAGAGAGCGACGUGGAUGCAGACGAAAGGUUUGCGAGAGAGCUUCAUGCAGCAGAAAAUGGACUGAGGCGACGGACAAGCAUGAGGGCAUAG